AUGCACCAAUUCGACGUGCAUAAUACGCAGUAUGAGCUCUGCCACGUUGCCUGGGAUUGGCUGUAUGUCUUCCUUUUGAGCGGCCGCGAAUUUCAAGAGAUCACGCUGCUGCCACUGGGCGAUUAUAGCGCUGAUGGUAAUGAAACUCCAGCUAGCUACAACGAGGGCAUCAUCCCAAAACAAUCUCCGAAUAAUCUUCGCUUGGAUGAAGAGACGGCAGAGUACGAGGGCGAAUACAUGCAUGUAAACGCUCUAGAAAUAAAGGAGAAGCGGGCCAGUCCAUUAACGAUAGAGAUCAGUCUCUCGCAAUCGGGCGGACACGAAGGCCGGGGAAAGAGGGCAGCUUAG